CUCGAUCUUCGGAAUUACACUGCUUGGAGAAUGGGGUAUCCGCAUUUCGCACCAACACUCCUUUGGAACCUCCCUCUCACAAGCGAGCUAGGCGUAAAGAAACCAGUAAAUAUCUUUGCAUUCUCCCCAGACGAUAGGUUCCUUCUUACUCUACAUGAAAAUGAAGGCGGUAUAUUAUGGGAUCUUGCUGCUACUUCUUUGCCUCGAAAGCUCGAAUUCGGUCAGGAUAAUACUGGCUCAAAACAUCCUAUCAGGGCUGCUGCACUAGACGGAAACGGAGGACUCAUAAUAGCUUUUGGUCUCGCCCAUCUCGCUGAAUAUUAUAAUAUUCCUAAGGAUGGCAAAACAUUGAAAUUGUCAGAGUAUGUUAUUCCAGCGGCAAACGACGUCAAAGUUUCAAGAGACGGCGAGAUAUUCGCGCUCACGACGGGGACUACCGUAGAGCUAUGGGAUGCACAUAGCUUUCAGAGGGUUAGAAUUUUCGAACCCAAUGUUGAAAACCCAAACCCGUUUGAAAAGGUCGCACUCUCUCAGAACAAUAAAUAUGUCGCAGCAGUCAAUUCUGAAGGACGAUUCUUCGUGUGGGGUCUGGACAAUGAUUUCCACAAGGUCUCGCGGAAUAAAGAGGUCGGCAUAGACCUAGAGCAAGGAUGGAUUCCGACGAGUAUCGGCUUAGGUGAACGGAGUUUCGUAAUGGCUACCCUAAAAAAGCGAACGACCUCGGGCCAGGACACCUGGAUGUUCAUAUCGUGGGGUUAUAAAUACGAAGGGCCUGAUAAUACGCUAUACGCGAGAGAAUGUCCAAGCUACCCACUAACUUGCGUUGCGCCCAGCACCGAGUUCACCGUUUCUCUGACCCAUGAGGGUUAUUUGAGAGGGAGUGAUAGCAUGUUCUGGCCGCUAUUCUCGACCGAUCAGGGAGCUAGUAAGAAAGGCAAGGUGGUAUCGUGUGGAAUAUCGGAGAGUAGUAAACUCUUCGCCGCUGCUAGAAGCAAUGGUCGUGUAGCUGUAUGGAGAUUAUAUACUAAAGAUGCUGAUCCUAACGAGCGAUAUCCGGGGUAAAGCUGUUAGGGAUGUUGCUAUACGUAUCCAACCAUUGAUGGUUUUCAUGAUACCAUACAGUUAGCCAUUGUAUAUUUUAAGACUCGUGUUUGUAAGAUAUGCCGCCUAGGAGGUAC